UGGGUGUGAGUGAGUGUGCAGGGCAGUGAGUGAGUGGGUGUGCGGUGCGCGGUGGCCAUGCUGAGGACGCGGUGUGGCGGGGCCGCUGUGGGCUUGCUCGCCCUCGGCUUGCUGCUGUCCUGGACCCGGGUGAGAGGCGGCCGGCAGUGCGAGCCGUGCCGCCGGGAGCAGUGCCCGGAGCCGGGACGCUGCCCCGGGGCCAAGGUGCUGGACGCCUGCGACUGCUGCCUGGUGUGCGCCAGACAGCGAGGCGACACCUGCGGAGACCUGCAGGGAGAGUCGGGCAAGUGCGAGACGGGGCUGUGGUGUGUGUCUGACAGCCAGUCCGGUAACGGGGAAGCCGAGGAGGGCGACAGCAGCUCCGGGCUGUUACUGGGAGUUUGCAAAGAGAUAGAAUUCAUUGAAGAUGUCAUACCAGAACCUGAAUCGUGCCCUGAGAUCUCUGGUUGUAACUUGUCAAACGGUCAUUGCGUCUGCGAAAAUGUACACUCUUGCGUCAGCUUGUUCGCUUAUCCUGAUCUGGAUGCUUGUACUUCUGCCUCAGGAUAUGUCCCAGGGAGGGAAUUGGAUUGUGCCAAUGUUCGUUGCCCAGUGCACUUUGAGUCUCUUUGCCCUGAGGACUCUGUGCUUGUUAAAGGAUACAAACAACCAGGAAAUUGCUGCCCAACACCUUCCACCUGCCAGUGUGACAAGGAAGCCUGCACAGAAGAAAUCUGUUCCUUUGGUUUUCUGCAAGUUCUGGUUUCUGAGGCAACAGGAAUACCAGGAGAGUGUUGUGAUGUGUACGAAUGCAGAUCAGAAAUAUCACGCAAAUGUGUGUACAACAGCACUGAGUACGCGGAUGGAGAGGUGUAUCGCAUGGAGUCUUGCUGGUUCUGCCGCUGUCGAGGUGGGAUCUCAUUAUGUUCAAAAGCUGAGUGUGGAGAGCUGGAAUGUGAAAACUAUUAUAUCCCUGAGGGAGAAUGCUGUCCAGUUUGUCAGGACCAAGUGUUUCCAGUUCUAGGUGGAGUGGGAUGUUUGGCUCGAGGUCAUAUUCGAGUUCAUGGGGAUCAGUGGCGAGAAGAUGACUGUACUUUCUGCCAGUGUGUCAAUGGGGAUCAUCAUUGCAUGGCCAUGGCUUGCAAGCAGACGUGUCAAAAUCCAGUUAAAAUACCUGGCGAGUGCUGCCCUUUCUGUGAAGAGCCGAGCUAUGGAACAGUUAGUCCAGCACUGUGCAAGAGACUGAUAAACUGUACAUUGACAGAGAAAGAUUGUCCCUAUGGCUUUGUACAAGAUGAGAAAGAAUGUCUGUUGUGUCAGUGUCUGCCGAAGGAGCCCUGUACAGAUUUGACAUCCUAUUGCUUGUUAGACUGUCCCCAUGGAUUCCUGACUGAUCAAGACGACUGCAGCAUCUGUGCGUGCCGCCCUCAGUCACACAAAUGCCGAAAUCUUUCAUGCAGUAAGCACUGCCCCUACGGUUACAUGAGAAACAAGCACGGUUGCGAGAUGUGUCGCUGUGUGAAGUGCCCACCAUUCACCUGUGAUAAAUAUUGCCCAGAAGGAUAUGAACAAAAUAAGAAAGGCUGCUCAGUGUGCCAGUGCAAAGAUACUGGUAGACAUCUGAGCACCACAGCUCCUCCAUCUCAAAGCAGUUUCUGCCUAACUGCUGGUGGUCGCCGCUAUGAGGAAGGAGAAGGCUGGCAUGAUGGAUGUCGGGACUGUUACUGCUACAGUGGAAGGGAAAUGUGUAUGCUGAUUACAUGCCCCGUUCCCAAUUGUCUCAACCCCUUGGUCAGACCUGGCCAGUGCUGCCCAACCUGUCAAGAUGAGACGGGCAGCGGACAAGCUGAUGCCAUUGAUCUCAGUGUAUGUCAGGCUCCAGGAGGAGAAUACUACAUAGAGGGAGAGACGUGGAGUCUCGACAGCUGCACACAAUGUACAUGUCACAGCGGCCGUGUACUAUGUGAUACUGAGGUGUGCCCGCCGCUUCUCUGUCAAGCACCAAUCCGAGAAGCUGGUGCCUGCUGCCCGUCAUGUCCAGAAGACCAGCUGAAAGCCCUGUUGCCUACAAAUACCAGCGAGCCCGGAUACUGCAUGUCCAGUGAUGGAGACAUUUUAUUGGCUGGAGAAUCUUGGAAGCCAAAUGCCUGCACAAGCUGCAUGUGUGGCGACAGCAUCAUUCAGUGUUUCUCUCAGACCUGUUUGCCUGCCUUGUGUAGACUGCCAGUUCUACGAAAGGGCCAAUGUUGCCCUUAUUGCUUGGAUGUGCCGCCAGCUUCUUCACCCACAACAGCAUCUGUCGAUGUCCCACUGGAGAAGUCAACAGAAUCGAUGGAUAAACAGCCGGUUACACCGUCAAAUCAGCCUGACCUGUCAUUAUUCACAGAAGAAACAGUCUCUGACAGACCGUUCCAGGAGACUGAAGUGUCUGUAAUCUACCAGUCAGCAGCCUGGGUCCUGGCAGCCAUACUGCUUGCAAUCAUUAUUUUCUUAGUGGCUGCUUUUAUAUUGAACAGAAAGAAGCAGUGGGUGCAGAUGCCUUGCUACAGUGCUCCAACUAAGACACAGUUUUUGAAAAAUCCAGUUGACAGACAGACUGUGGUCUACCUGGACUCUGGAAGAGGAAACAAAAUGCACAAUGUUAAUAACUGCUGCAGAAUGGAUUUAAUGGCAGAAACAGAUUCCCAAAGCAAUGAGAAAUACAGUGUGCGUGCAGAAAAACAAAGCAACCGCCAGCAAAACAAACUACUUGGAUAGAAACAUGAAAACUGUUGGCUUAUGAACUGAUGGAGUCCUGGCAUUAAUUCAAAGAGUGUGCUCCAUUCAAUGGCCUUGCUUCUUCUGGUUUCCAUUAUGUUACGAGUUAAUGAUUCCAGCUUGUAAUGUGUUUGAUUCAGGUACUUGCAAAAUAACUAUUAUUUGUUAAAACCAUAUGUCUUUAUUUACUUUCUUGUCCUUUUAAAAUGCCCAAAAGAAUUAAGAGCGGAGAAAGUUGCCAAAAAAAAGUGCAACAAAGCCAGGGUGCAUAUGCCGAACUUUACCAGUGAUUUUGUAUGAAAGGGUUCAUAAAGAAGGAAAAAGUGAAUAGAAACAUAGAAAUCUACAGUGCAGAAGGAGGCUUAUCGAGUCCGCACCAGCUCACAGAGCAAGGAAAUCAAUUCAUUCCCACCACCCGCUUUAUCCCUAAACCCCUUCAAGCCCCUCUCUUUCAUAGGCCUGCCGAGGCAUCUGAAUAUGUGAAGAGUAAAGGGGAGGAGUAGAGCUUAAGGUGAUUUACUGUAACCACUUUAUUCCGAGAGUGAUUUAUCGAGUAAAUUCUUCUUUUUAAAUUGCUCUUAAGGUCAAAGAUUUAGUACAUACAAGCCCUGGCAGAUUUAAUUUAGUCUAAAAUCUAUGGUUCAGAAACAUUGAUGGUAAUGUUAGAAUAUAUAUAUUAUAUAUAUAUUCAACAUCUGAUGCUAAAUGUGCUUUUCUUUAUCUGAGUAAGGAGAACCAGUUAAGAACAAUUGUAAAGACUGAAAAAAGUGAUAGCUUUUCUCCAAAGUACUAAAAUAAACAACUGAAAAAUGGAGAAUUGGUUAGAGAAUAGUCAAUUCAAUUACUUAGUCGGCUUCUGCUAAAAUACAUGCAUUGGAAAAAUGGGGACUGGCUGUCAGUGGCUAAGUGGGUGUACAUCAACUACAACACCAAUUUUUUAACAUUUACAUCAAGGUCAAGGGUACAAUUUCUGAGCUGUACAUUUGUAUUGCCAAGGUUGUUGUAAAAUACUACAGUUAACCUUAGCAACUCAAGGUUGGGAAGUGAAAAUUCACCUGGAGUUCCCAUUUCUGAUUGCAAUCUAGUCCACCAUUGGAUAAAUCCACACAGGUGAAGAUAGGAUUAAAAAUAGAAUUGGGCUCCUUUGUGAUGUUCUCUGUGGUCAAAUAACCUGAUGGCACUCAAUUGCUUUGGAUCACAGAUGAUGAUUAGUCACUUGAGAAGUGGCACUGGGUGUUACCUGAGCAAGAGAUGGUCUCUUCAGGUAAGGAGAAAA